GGGCAAUCGCAGCCAGUGGAACGCACGCUGGUAGGGAAACCCUGACGAGGUGACGUGUAGAGGGCGUCGCAGCGGCGCGUCAUCGUCAGCUCUUCUGUAGCUGUGCUCUGAUUGGCUGAGACUCUGACAACAUACUCGGCUCCUGUGUUCACCCGACACUGGCUGGGUUCUCCAGGGCACAGUCUCCCCCCCAGCCGUCAUCCCGCCGCCCCGUCACCCCCACCACCCGGGCCCGGCGCCUCGGCGGCAUUAUGUCCGCAUCCAGCUGUUCCUGCGCUGCUAGGAUCUUUAUCAGCAGCUCCCUACAUAGAGGUGCUGUGUGUGGUUGGGGGCAUCUGUCCAUUUUUAGAAGACCUGGAAUUCUAGAAGUUCAUGUUCUAAGGAAAAUCCCGUUUAGGGCUUUCUCUGAGGCGACUGUUUAUUUUGCCUCUAAAGAUGGUGCCAGCAAAGAUGGAUCUGGUGACGGAAACACGGAGGCCGUGAGUGAAGGAGGCAGUAAGAAAUCCUCUAGGGGUUCAGGCAAAGGAGGAAAUCAGCUCCACUGCCCAAAGUGCGGAGACCUGUGCACCCAUGUACAUACUUUCAUCUCCUCUACCCGUUUUGUGAAGUGUGGGACAUGCCACCACUUUUUUGUCGUGCUGUCAGGGGCUGAUUCAAAGAAAUCUAUAAACCGGGAACCAGAGACUGCUGCUGAAGCUGUGAAACUAGCAUUUCAACAGAAACCCCCUCCAGCCCCCAAAAAGAUCUAUAACUACCUCGACAAAUAUGUUGUGGGCCAGUCAUUUGCAAAAAAGGUGCUUGCUGUUGCGGUUUACAAUCAUUACAAACGGAUAUACAGUAACUUCCCAAUUAAUGUCAAACACCAAGCAGAUGUAGAGAAACCGGCCUCAUCAACUCAGAGAGAGUUAGAGAUCAGAAGAUGGGAGGAUGACCGAAUCACAAAGUUGCUUCAGAUAGCUGGGAUCAGUCAGCACGCCAAUGCCCUGGGAGCAGCUUCUAUGCAGCAACAAAUGAACCAGCAGAUGCCCCAGGAGAGGCGAGGAGGGGAAGUGCUGGAUUCCAACCAUGAUGAAAUCAAACUAGAGAAAAGCAACAUCCUGCUGCUAGGCCCAACGGGCUCCGGUAAAACACUUCUUGCACAGACACUAGCAAAGUGCUUGGAUGUUCCAUUUGCUAUAUGUGACUGCACCACUCUUACUCAAGCUGGCUAUGUGGGAGAGGAUAUUGAGUCGGUGAUUGCCAAACUGCUGCAGGAUGCCAAUUACAAUGUGGAGAAGGCUCAGCAAGGAAUUGUGUUUUUGGAUGAGGUUGACAAGAUAGGCAGUGUUCCUGGAAUCCACCAACUGAGGGAUGUGGGAGGAGAAGGUGUGCAGCAGGGUCUGUUGAAGCUCCUAGAAGGCACAAUUGUUAAUGUCCCAGAGAAAAACUCAAGGAAGCUACGUGGUGAAAUUGUACAAGUUGACACAACAAACAUCCUCUUUGUGGCAUCUGGAGCUUUCAAUGGCCUGGACAGGGUCAUCAGCAGGAGGAAGAAUGAAAAGUAUCUGGGAUUUGGCAUACCCUCUAACUUGGGCAAAGGGCGUAGAGCGGCAGCAGCCGCGGAACUAGCAAAUUCGAGUUCUGAAUCGAAUGCAGAACAAGACAUUGAAGAGAAGGACCGGUUGCUGCGACAUGUUGAGGCUAGGGAUCUCAUAGAGUUUGGCAUGAUCCCUGAGUUUGUAGGACGUCUUCCUGUAGUGGUGCCUCUUCACAGCCUUGAUGAGCAGACUCUUGUGCGCAUCCUCACAGAGCCACGUAAUGCUGUCGUGCCACAGUAUCAAGCCCUGUUCAACAUGGAUAAGUGUGAAUUAAAUGUCACCGAAGGUGCUCUGAGGGCCAUUGCCAGGCUGGCUCUUGUACGAAAGACUGGUGCCAGAGGACUCCGUUCAAUAAUGGAAAAACUGUUACUUGAACCCAUGUUUGAAGUUCCAAACUCUGACAUAGUGUGUGUGGAGCUGGACCAGGAAGUGGUUGAAGGAAAGAAAGAACCCAGAUAUAUUCGAAAGCAAAAUCGGGAUAUAACUGAGGAGGACUAUGACUCUGGGGUGGAGGAAGAAGCCUGGUCUCGACAGGCCGAUUCUGCAAACAAUUAGACUGUCAAGAUUACUACUGUUCUCCUUCAGUGUUAACAUUACAGUUUCUCCUUUAAAAACAAAUCCAUUUUCAAUAUACUAAACACAGCUAUUUUAUUACCUGGGAAUUUUUGCUUUGGUAGAACAAGAUAAAAUGAUGCAUUUUAAGAAUCUUCCGGUUUCUACAGUAGAGAGCAGUGUUUAUACGUGUCUGAUGGUAACAAUGUAUAUUCUGUCUGGGGAUUUUUAUAAGACUAAACUUUGUUAAUUCUUAAAACAGAAUUUGGGACUACCUGGGUUAAUUUUACAAUUAUGUUCAUUAACCAUUUGGUGGGAGGGCUGGCAAUCACACCGAAAGAUGUUGGCUGGGCUUCACAGCUCUCACCAUCUCCCUUCCAUGUAUUCCUUAUUGCCUUUUUUUCUUUUUCUUUGCAGAGUUUUAUUUUAUUUUUUCAAAAAAACAUUUUUUUUUUAAUUUUUUUUUUUAUGUCCAAGUAAAACUGAAAUUUCAGCUUUUAAUUUGUUUCCUUCUCCACUGAUCAUUUAUUUUAAGCUUGCUUCCACUGGAUACUAUAUGGGAGUCAUGCGGAUACAGGAGAGUGCUUUUCAUGCCCCAGUAUAACCUCCAUUUACAAUAGGGAGGAUAUAUUGGAAUACAUGAUGUGCCCACAGUGCACAGAGAACCAUGGGGCAGACAAUUAACCUAUGGAAAAGAGACUUGCUGCAUUCUUGGCCCAUUUGAAAGAGCUGAAAUUGCACCUGACUGAAAAGCAUCUUUGCGAUUGUUACCACAAUUGGAAAGCCUUGUUCAACCCAUCUUAAAAUAAACAUGUCAGGCAGUUAUGUAUAGUAAAGGGAUGACUUAGUUCUUCAUACAUGAAUGAUUUUUGUAAAUCAUUUCCAACUGGGAAUGUACCAUAUCAUGCUGCAGACCCCCAUGGUAGUGAUGGGGUUAACAGGAAUAGCUUUUAAGUUAUAGAGAAAUGCUUGCCUACUGUUUUUGUCAUCCACCCCCUCCCCUUUUUUUUCAAUUUUAGAAUUUCAUAGAAAGACGCAAACUUAAACCUUAUCACAUUCACUUGAAUAAUCUUGCUCCUUUAGCCCAAUUGUUUGUGUAAUAUGAAAAGACAUGUAUAUUUUCUUUUUUUCUUUUUGUGGUUCCUUUAAAUUAAUUAAAACAUCUGCCUGUUUCC